AUGUCGGAGGCAGUUCCGACUGAGCCCCACGCAGUUGAGCCCAGCAGCGUCGAGGCACCCAUAACUGAGGCCACCGAGUCCACGCAGGGAAGGGAUUGCAACGGGUUAGCCCCGGAUGCAGGGAAGGAUCUUGACGCGUCUCAUGAGACUUCAGAUGGGUUUGCUUGGCCUCAAGCGCGAGGUUGCCUUCUUGUAGCCAGCGUUGCCCUCUUUCAGGAGGUGGAUCACAGCGGGUUCCGCUGUAUAGUAGCAUUCUCGGUGUUGACCGCUCUAAUGGUAGAGAGCCUUGGUGGUAUGUGUGCGCUUCAGUGUUAUUUUUCUUAA